GCUCGCAGUUUAAGUUCUCAGCUCCGCGGUGACGGACGUUCCACUUCACUCCCAAAUAGUUUACAACUUUAUAGUUUCCGACUCCGUUGCGUGCUGCUGAAACUCAUUUUCAUAUUUUAUAAUUGCUUCUGAGUGAUUCCUCCGCCCAAAAUGAUUAAGUCUGUGUGCCUUAUUAUUGUGAUCCAAGCGCUUUGGAUAGUGCAGGCUGAGACCCCCGCCUAUAUUAAGCAAUGUCACAGGGACGAUCCGAAGUUGGUGGACUGUUUUAUUGGAGCCAUUGAACACCUGAAGCCCUACCUGGCCAAUGGCAUUCCCGAUAUCCAGCUGCCGUCUGUGGAGCCCUUCAAGAUGGAUACCCUGGCCUUGCAGUUGACAGAGGGUCCGCAGGGAUACAAGAUCACUUUGAAGAACAUGGAGGCCUUCGGGGCGAGCAACUUCCAGGUGAAGUCCCUGAAACUGAGCGAAGGCAGCGAGCCCUUCAAGGCCAAAAUCUUGAUGCCCAAGCUGAAGAUCGAGGCGAAAUAUACGAGCUCCGGGGUUCUUUUGAUCCUGCCUGCUUCCGGGGGUGGAGACUUCCAUGCCAACUUCGAGGGAGUGAGUGCAGACCUCACGGGAAAGACAUCGACACACGCGUCCAAGGGUGGGAACUAUCUGCACAUCGAUGCUCUCAGCUUAGUCCUGGACGUGAAGGAUGUUAAAAUGAGCAUAUCUGGUGCCUUCAACAACAACCGUAUUCUUCUUGAGGCCACCAACCUGUUCCUGCGCGAAAACUCCCAAGUUGUUUUGGAAGCCAUGCAGGCUCAAUUGCAGAAGAAGCUGGCCAGUGAAUUUGGAAAACUUGCCAACCAGCUGCUAAAGAACGUUCCUAUCGAGCAGUUCUACGUCGAUUAGAAUCAAGUGUUCUAGGUUAUAGUUCGUUAGUCUAAACUAAGGUUUAUAUAAGUGAAUGUUGCUGUCUAGUGCUAGAAACGGUAUGCCGAGCGUCAUAGUGAUGAUGGCGGUAGCCGUGGAAUGCCCCAAUACAUGAUCAUUUCAAAUAACAAAUAACACGAAGUAUUACUAAGUUUAACCGAAACUCCCGUGAUAUGCUUUCUGCCCGCGAGAGAAAGCCAAUGUCGAGUUACUCAGCUAACCAAUUACCUUCCCAACAAUUUUAACCACUUUUGACACGUCUGUAGAUAUCGACAAAUUAAAUAAACUGAAAUGUACCCUGGAAUAAAC